AUGGGAUGGGAUGAGAUGGUAUGUAAGAAUGAGUGUGAAUCAGACAUCGGCGGUGCCAGCCUUCCGUCGAAACGCCGCCGCCGCCCAUACCAGCACGAAGAUUACCUUGACAUUAUUGAGGUUGUUGACAUAACCGCCUCCCCGAGACCUGGAAAAAGGCGGGAAAAGACAGUGCCUCAAUCUUCGAUAGUGAAGCAUCAGGGCACCAACAGUCGCCGUGCUCCAGCUGCUCAAGCGACCCGGCGUUGGGACUACCGAGGCCUUGUCGGAUAUGAGCUGAGGAAUGGAAAGCCGUGGGUACGUGUUGCGUGGCACCCCACCUGGGAACCCGCCGAAGAGUUUCCUUCCGCCCAAGUGGAGGAGGCGAGACAUCUACCGCUGAAGAAGGGUGAAGGAGGGCCAAAGAGUGCGAACAGGUUAAGAAAGGCGCGGAAACAGCAGUAGAUGGUGUAUUUAUUAAAGCUAGUAUACAAUUUUGUUCCAUGAAAGUACUGUCGUCCAUGAUUCUCGUGUAGCCAACCAGACUUACGUUCCCAUCACCCGUUCGGUCAUCGUUUUCUUGCGUGGGGACUUGAUACUUGACUUCCGCCACCUCAUGCCCCUUGAAGAAGCUUGACGUGAGCGUACCAGCUUCCGGUUCUUCGCACUUUGAGGCUCCCAAACAGACGAUCCAGAUGACACUGAGCAGUGUUUGAUUCGGCUAUAAACUCAUCUUCGACCUUGCAUCCCUGGAGCUUCGCUGUCGCAUCCCAGCUGUACGGCCUUCUGGUGCGCCCGCCUCCGGGGGCCGCAGGCAAAGCCGGGCGGCCGAGCGCUGGGAAUAAGAGGAGGUGGACUGAAAAUGAGGACGUGCGCCUUCGUCGUAUGAGAAACGCGGAUGACGACUGGCCGGACAUCGAGAGACGGUUCCCGCACCGGACACUGAAUGCUCUACGGCAGCGGUGCGUGUUGCUCCAGCAGCACUGCUCAUCAGGUGAAGAUGGUUGGCCCUCUUGAAGCUAAACUGCUCAUGUGUCGCCCAAGUAAUGAGCUAAAUCCUCACAAGAGGAAUCCGCCUGUGAGGAUUUCCGUCGCAGCAGCUUCCCCUCAAAAAAAUCCUCUUCAUUAGUCAGCUGAAGAAACUUGAGACGAAACUGAGCGACGAAGUCACUCUUAGGGCCAGCGUAGACGGUGUAGCUGCAGACGCCUUGCACAGCUACUGGAAUAUCACCUCCAAGGUGCUCCUUCACGCGGGAGAUCACAAUCUUAAAGCAUGCCGCUGACAUGCUACAAACGAAAAUCUCAUACUACUGGCAUCUCAUAUUGCAAAUUGCUGGAGCCCUGCGAUUGCCAAACCCGGCGUCGGCGAUGAAAUCUUCCAGGGCGUCGCGUUCUUUGCUAGGUUCCAGGUCUAUCACUCGUUGGCGGCAUGGCGGCCAACGGAUACGGAACCAGUGCCCCUCAAUCGGAGAAAUUUGGUUGAUUUCGGUACUAGGCGGAGAUGCCUAAGUCUCAUUAGCAUUGGUGGUCAGCUAUGAGACUACUCCUUACCAUGAUCUCAGUGAGUCGUGUUCAAAUGUUCAAUAAGCCGCAGCUCAGUGAGGAGGUUUGUUCAGGAGCUCGAUCGUGGAGGCAAAGCUAGAUUGAAACAUGAAGAGACAACCGGGCAGGCAUCUUUGACUAUUUAUGUACUGAUUAAUGGCUUGAGCUUUGAAAGCAGGAGGCAUUGAAGCUAGGAAAUAACGGUGCGGCAUGUUCGAUUCACGAAUCUUAGGGUGUAAAGAAACAAAUGAAAGAAAAGGAAUAAUGUAAAGCUAAGCCAGGACCCGUGCCUGAUAAUCAUCCGCGAAGAGGUAACGUAUGUGGUG